GUCACGUGACGGGCCCAUCAUGGCCGCGGCCAGAGGCCUGCCCGGCUCCCGGAAGCAGGCUGUGAGGGGCGGGCGCGUUGCUGGAACCCGAGCGGAGCCGGAGCCAGAGCUGGCAGGGCUGGCCGGCGGCCUGGAGCCGGACGUGUCCGGAGCGUCCCCGCAUCCCGGGGCAGCAGGCCAUCCCGGGGCGCACCAUGCUGGUGACUGCCUACCUGUCUUUUGUGGGCCUCCUAGCCUCCUGCCUGGGGCUGGAGCUGUCAAGAUGCCGGGCUAAGCCCCCUGGAAGAGCCUGCAACAAUCCCUCCUUCCUUCAGUUUCAACUGGACUUUUAUCAGGUCUACUUCCUGGCCCUGGCUGCUGACUGGCUCCAGGCCCCCUACCUCUAUAAACUCUAUCAGCAUUACCACUUCCUGGAGGGUCAAAUUGCCAUCCUUUAUGUUUGUGGCCUGGCCUCCACAGUCCUCUUUGGCCUAGUGGCAUCCUCCCUUGUGGAUUGGCUGGGCCGCAAGAAGUCUUGUGUUCUCUUCUCCCUCACUUACUCUCUAUGCUGCUUAACCAAACUCUCUCAGGACUACUUUGUGCUGCUGGUGGGCCGAGCUCUUGGUGGGCUGUCCACUGCCCUCCUCUUCUCGGCCUUUGAGGCCUGGUACAUCCAUGAGCACAUGGAGCGGCAUGACUUCCCUGCUGAGUGGAUCCCAGCUACCUUUGCCCGAGCUGCCUUCUGGAACCAUGCGUUGGCUGUAGUGGCAGGUGUGGCAGCUGAGGCUGUGGCUAGCUGGAUGGGGCUGGGGCCUGUAGCACCCUUUGUGGCUGCCAUUCCUCUCCUGGCUCUGACUGGGGCCUUGGCCCUUCGCAACUGGGGAGAGAACUAUGAUCGGCAGCGUGCCUUCUCAAAGACCUGUGCUGGAGGUUUGCGCUGCCUCCUAUCAGACCGACGAGUGCUGCUGCUAGGCACCAUACAAGCCCUGUUUGAGAGUGUCAUUUUCAUCUUUGUCUUCCUGUGGACACCUGUAUUGGACCCACAUGGGGCCCCCCUGGGCAUUGUCUUCUCUAGUUUCAUGGCAGCUAGCCUGCUAGGUUCUUCCUUGUACCGUAUUGCUACCUCCAAGAGGUACCACCUUCAGCCCAUGCACCUGCUCUCCCUUGCUGUCCUCAUUGUCGUCUUCUCUCUCUUCAUGUUGACUUUCUCCACCAGCCCAGGCCAGGAGAGUCCAGUGGAAUCCUUCAUUGCCUUUCUACUUAUUGAGUUAGCCUGUGGGCUCUACUUUCCCAGCAUGAGCUUCCUACGGAGAAAGGUGAUCCCUGAAACAGAGCAGGCUGGUGUACUCAACUGGUUCCGGGUGCCCCUGCACUUACUGGCCUGCCUAGGGCUUCUUGUCCUCCAUGACAGUGAUCGAAAAACAGGUACUCGGAACAUGUUCAGCAUUUGCUCUGCCGUCAUGGUGAUGGCUCUGCUGGCAGUGGUAGGACUCUUCACCGUGGUAAGGCAUGAUGCUGAGUUACGGGUGCCUUCACCCACCGGGGAGCCCUAUGCCCCUGAGCUCUAACCCUGACGCAGGACAAGGGGUCUGGGAUGGACUCUUGAAUCCCACCUCUCCAGGGUUGUACAGAUCUCUAUGUGACUCACUUUGUGACUGUCCUGCAGCCCCUCUUGCCAGUGCUUUGUGUUGGGAAGGGCAUGGGGGUGAUGGACUGGAAAGGUGCCAAAAACUGACUCUGUGUUAUUCCCUUUCCCUUUGCCAUUUAAAAAUAAACAUUCUCAAUGGAUC